AUCUUCUUCUUCUUCGUCUUUAAUCAAAACAAUUUAUUACUCUGAUUAUUAUUUCGCAAUUAGGUAAAAAACCACCGGAGUUUCGAUUUUCCGAUCAUCAGCAAUCAAUUUCUUCGCCGGAGAUCACUAAAAACGAUCAAAUAACAGUUCUGGAAUUAACUGAAAUCGAAUCUAAGAAGAUGAAGAUGAAGAACAAAGGUAGGUGAUGAAUGUUGAGAUCGAUUUUCAAUCAACGUUCAACGAAGAUGGUGAUGAUUUCUCAUAACUUGAAUUUGAUUUUGGUGAUCAUAAUCGUAAUCGGAGGAUCUGUUUCUUUCUCCGCGGCUAAUUUCACUGAACCUUGUAACGGAAGAUGCGGUGGAUUGACUCUGCCAUAUCCUUUCGGAUUUUCAAACGGUUGUCGGAUCCAAUUCGAUUGCUCUGCGGUGGAGAAACCGAUGAUCGGAGACUUUUCCGUCCAAAACGUGACGGAAGACGGUAUAUUUGUCGGUCUCCCUCACAAUUGCACUCGGAAGAUUGAAGAUAUGAGACCGCUAUUCGGCGAGCAUUUCGCACCGACGUCGGAGAAUAGUUUCCUAAUGGAGGAUUGUGUGAAUACAACUGAUGGAUGCUCUAUCAAGCAGAAGUUCUUGGAGAAUGUGCUGAAUCUGGAAAGUUGCGAUUCGAAGGGAAACAUUAGUUGUUUUUCCUUGGAUACUAAUUCAAGUUCGAAAAAUUCAGCUAAGUUUUUCAGUAUGAAGGAAUUGAGGAACAGCUCGUGUAGUUUGUUGUUUUCUUCGAUAGCUUUUGAGUCUGGAGGUCUGAAUGCGGGUAUAGCGCUAGAGUUUGAGCGAGUUAGGUUAGGUUGGUGGUUAAAAGGAAGUUGCAAAAACAGUCCUUGCGCGGUUAACACCAAUUGUACAGACGUUGAUACUCCUCAUGGAUAUGCGGGAUACCGGUGCUCAUGUCUUGCGGGUUACCAUGGAGACGGAUUCAUCAAGGCGUGCCAGAGAGCCCUACCGGACUGCCGUGGUUCCAAGCUCGUCUGGCGACAUUGUAGAUCUAAUCUUAUUACUAUUGUAGGAGGAACUGUUGGUGGAGCGUUUUUGCUAGCUGGCUUGGCUCUUUUGUUCUUUUGUAAGCGGAGACGGUCUACUCCUUUGAGAAGCCAUUUAAGCGCAAAGCGGCUUUUGUCUGAAGCUGCAGGAAACUCAAGUGUCGCCUUUUUCCCUUACAAGGAAAUCGAGAAAGCGACAGAUGGUUUCUCUGAAAAGCAGCAGCUAGGAGUAGGUGCAUACGGUACGGUCUAUAGAGGAAAGCUCCAAAAUGAUGAAUGGGUUGCUAUCAAAAGACUCAGACACAGAGAUUCAGAAAGUCUUGACCAAGUCAUGAAUGAGAUCAAGCUUCUUUCCUCUGUAAGUCACCCAAAUCUUGUUCGUCUCUUAGGAUGCUGUAUAGAACAAGGCGAUCCAGUUCUCGUUUAUGAGUACAUGCCGAAUGGAACUCUAUCAGAACAUCUACAGAGAGAUAGAGGGAGCGGUCUUCCAUGGACCUUACGCCUCACUGUUGCCACUCAAACUGCUAAAGCAAUUGCGUAUCUCCACUCUGCAAUGAACCCACCAAUCUAUCACCGUGACAUAAAAUCUACCAAUAUCCUUCUAGAUUAUGAUUUCAACUCCAAAGUUGCGGACUUCGGACUCUCUAGACUGGGAAUGACGGAAUCUUCUCACAUAUCAACGGCUCCUCAAGGGACUCCUGGUUACCUUGACCCACAGUACCAUCAAUGCUUCCAUCUUUCUGAUAAAAGCGACGUCUACAGUUUCGGGGUUGUCCUUGCCGAGAUUAUAACGGGAUUGAAAGUCGUUGAUUUCACACGCCCACACACCGAAAUCAACCUAGCAGCUCUUGCUGUUGACAAAAUCGGGUCAGGUUGUAUAGAUGAGAUUAUAGACCCGAUUCUUGACCUGGAUCUCGACGCAUGGACACUCUCAUCAAUACACACAGUGGCUGAGCUCACAUUUCGAUGCUUAGCCUUCCACAGCGACAUGAGACCGACAAUGACUGAAGUAGCAGACGAGCUCGAACAGAUACGACUCAACGGUUGGAUUCCACACAUGAGCUUGGAUUCACCAGCCGGUUCUCUCCGGUCAUCUGAUAGAGGAAGCGAAAGAUCAGUUAAACAAUCAUCAACAGGAAGCAGAAGAGUCGUUAUCCCUCAGAAACAACUGGAUAACCUCGCUUCCGUUGAAGAGAUUAGCGAUAGCUCACCCAUCUCAGUUCAAGAUCCUUGGUUAAGUGCACAGAGCUCACCUUCUACAAAUACAUUGCUCGGUAACAUUCCAAGGUGAUAAUGAGAUCUCAAAACACUUUUACCACUUUCUUGUUUAUAUAUAAGUCCCUCUUUUGUUUAGCUUUCACAAUCGUUCAGUGUUUAUAAUGCUAAGUAGAGAGAUUACCAAUGCAGAAAACAGGUUUAUACAUGAGUUAUAAUGUAAACGAUCUUGAAACAAGAUCUUUGAAUCUGUACCACAUAAAUUUUAGUAAGAAUCUUCUAAUCUAAGGCUAUUCGUACAUAUCAAA